UUGUAUCUUUGCUUCCCAGUGAACAAAGCAGUCCAGGAAUAACAGAAAUAUGUUCAGCAACCACUCGGAAUUCAGCUCCCCGGUUUUCCUGCUGGCGGGCUUUCCUGGGCUAGAAAAACACCACUCCUGGAUUUCCCUCCCCAUCUGCUGCAUGUGCCUCGUGGCCAUCACAGGCAACUGCACCAUCCUCUUUGUCCUCAAGACGGACCAAUCUCUCCACACCCCCAUGUACUACUUCCUUUCCAUGCUGACGCUCUCAGACCUGGGCUUAUCCUUUGCCACUUUGCCCACCAUGCUGAGCGUCCUGUGGGUCAACCACCGUGUGAUCCAUUUUGAUGCCUGCUUGGUCCAGAUGUUCUUCAUCCAUACUUUCUCCAUUAUGGAAUCUGGCAUUCUUCUGGCUAUGGCCUUUGAUCGCUUGGUGGCCAUCCAGAUCCCUCUGAGGUACACAAGUGUUUUGACCAAUGAGACAGUGAUCAGGAUCGGGGUGGGGGUUGCAAUCCGGGCAGCUUGCCUUGUCCUGCCAGGUUCCAUCCUUCUGAGGCAUCUGGAAUAUGGAAAGAUAAAUGUCCUUUCCUACUCUAUGUGUUUGCACCCAGAUCUCCUAAAGGUAGUUCAUUCAGACAGGAGGAUCAGCAAUGUCUACGGCCUGAUAGCAAUGCUCUUGUCCACAGGGGUGGAUUCACUUCUGCUGGUCCUCUCCUACUUCCUGAUACUUAAAACUGUCCUGGGAGUUGCCUCCAAGGAGGAACGCUUUCGGACACUCAGCACGUGCAUCUCCCACCUCUGUGCGGUCCUCAGCUUCUACAUCCCCAUGCUUGGCCUCACCAUGAUCCAUCGAUACGGGAAGCACGCUCCCCACAUCGCUUACACCCUCAUUGCCAAUGCUUAUCUGCUGGUGCCUCCCAUGAUGAACCCCAUUGUGUACAGUGUGAAAACCAAACAGAUCCGCACACGGAUCCUCAAGAGGUUUCAGAAGGAGAGGGUACAGUGA